CACGUAUUCAUAACCUAACUAUUUCUGUUCACAUCAAACAUCAUCAACAAACGGAAAAGUAGAAUUUUUCGCAGACUAGUUGAAAUGGAAACUUGGGAACAACCGAAGUCUGCAUAGUAAAAGUUGACAGUUGUAAAAUUUGCCCAUACAUUGUUUGUUUUUUCUGAUGAUGAACCACAUUCGCCGUCAUCAGUCGCCUUUGCUACCUUUUAACUGUGAAAACCCCCUUGAUUCUUACCAUUGCAAAAACUGCCACUUUCAAACCGAACUAACGUUGCUUUUCAAACUACACGUUAAAGACCGUCAUGGAAUCAAACAAGAAAACAACGACGAUUUAGUUGUACCACACAAUAAUCAAAAAUACGUUUGCGGAAAGUGCGGCUUUGAAACGCAUUUUUCGCUUAAAUAUUUACGUCAUCAACAUGACCAUUCUUUAAAAGAGCACAAAACUGUUACGCAUGCAACAGAGCAACAGCGGCGUCAGUGUGAAACAAAAAUCAGCAAAUGGUACGGUUGUGAAAAUUGCCAAUAUAAAACCCAAUACCGCUCGUGUUUAAAUAGACACAUAAAUACGCUGCAUUUGGGUAAAGAUGAAAUUACGUGGCACCACUGCAGUGACUGUACUUUCACGAGCAAAGACAAAGACAGUUUGCAGAGUCACAUUAACUCAUGGCAUCUUAGCGACCAGGACACGAAAUGGUACGAAUGCAAACAGUGUCUAUUUAAAUCUAAUCGUAAGUUAUCUUUAACCAAACACAUGAACGCACGGCAUCUGGACGACCAGAACACCAAAUGUUACAAACAUAAACAGUGCUCAUACAAUAGUAGAGAAAAUUGGAACGUGAUAAGCCACCAUUUGAAACAAAAUGAGAUCAGAUGGUAUGAUUGUAAAAAGUGCCAAUUUAAAACCAAACACCCUCGUUGUUUAAAGGAGCAUAUCAUUCAUUGGCAUUUGGACGAGAAUGAAAUCAAGUGGAACCAGUGCAGUGAGUGUCCGUUCAAGAGCAAAAGCAAAGACGGUUUGAAAAGACACAUUAACUCGCGGCAUCUGGACGACCAAGACGCGAAAUGGUACGAAUGCAAACAGUGCCCGUUUAGAUCUAAAUCCAUCCAAUCUUUGCCUCGACAUGUGGUCGUUUGCCAUUUGGACAAAAAGGAGGGCAAGUGGUACAAAUGCCAACAGUGUCCUUACAAGACUAGAGAUCGUUCGACUUUGAGGAGGCACGUGAAAACCCAGCAUUUGAAUGGAAAAAGAAUUACGUGGUAUCAGUGCACAGAAUGUCCGUUUCAAACAACAUAUGAGAAGGUUUUACAGAGACAUCGCACGAAUGGGCGGCAUUUGAACGCAGACGAUGUCAAGUGGUUUGAUUGUGAAAAGUGUGAUUACAAAACUAAUUACCCCUAGUCUUUAAAGAAACACAUGAAUCUCUGGCAUUUGGACAAAGAGUCUCGAUAAAAAACCAAUAGUGUAGCACGUGGUAUCAGUGCUGUAUAAAAUUAAUAAUAAAUCUUGUUAAUUAUU